GUGACCUGCAGAGACAACAACAAUGGAGAAGUAGACUGACUGGCUGUGGUCCUGGCUCUCCAGGAGUGGAGGCUCCUCUCAUCCUUUUUUGGUCCAUCAUCUACAAGGCACCCGCAGUUUUGGAAUAUCUUUCCAUUGAUUCAGCUGGGAGGAAGGAGCCCUUAGAUCUCAAUAAGCUCAUCAACGCUGCUGACGGUGUCCUGGCAAACACCCUGCGGCCCAUUUUAAAACCAACCACAUCAAUGACAAACAACUUUGGAUUCAUCUCCUACAGCGAUCAACCUCCUCCAGAUGGAAAACCUGCUGGCCCUACGUUUGGUCACAGUAAAGGAGUUGUGAUGAUGGAUAAAACCACAGGAGUCUGGCUCUUACACAGCGUACCAAAGUUCCCUAAAAGAGAUCAAAAUAAGUUCUACCCUGACACCGGAGCAGCGAAGGCUCAGACGUUUAUCUGUGUAACAUUCAACUAUAAUCAGUUCAAACAGAUAGGUGAACAUCUGCUGGACAUCAAUGCUUUCACAUUUGACGAUCGUAUUCCAGACGACUUCCAUGAAGAGCUCAAGAAACUUAGGAGGACUGGAAAUAACAACAGGACCCCAAGAAAUAAUGAAGUCAGAAUCCAGGAGCUGAGAUCAGCAGGAGGAACACUGUUUUGUAGCAUUGCCAGCAACAUUGUAGCAUUGCCAACAACAUUGUCAACAUUGACAAGAAUACGAAGGAAAAAGACCAAAAUAGAUUUGAAGGAGAUCUUUACCUCACUAUUGCAAAGAGAUACGGGACUGAUGUGAGAGUCCAGACCUGGCCCUGC